AUGUUUGACCAAGAAUCUUUGCAAGAUCAGAAUACUUGCUUCACAACCUCACAUGAAAAUUUGUCCAGCAGAACAACAGGACAAGAACUAGAUGGAGAUUAUAAACUGAAAGAAGACAAAACAUCUUUUAACACAGGGAAAACUGCAAAUCAAUUGCCAUAUAGUCAAACCACCUCUCAGGCCACUAGCAAUACAGUAUCUAAAUCUGGCUGCAACAGUAAUGAAGCUUGUGGGGAUGAAGAUGGGGAUAUGGAUCAGAUGCCUAGCAUGCAAGAUUCAGAAAUAACCAAAUAUGCAAACUACUCAGAGAUGUUACAAGACUUGGGACAGCAAUCGAAAGUGGUUCUCAUGCAGUACUCACAAGUGUUUGGAGACAGUGAGGCAUAUGAACAGCAAGCAUAUCAGGCCAUCACUGAUCUAACAGCUCAUGCUCAGUUGCUUCUACAAAGUCUGAACAACCAAAAGAAAAUGCUGUGCAGACGUAUUAACAGUAUUUCAGAAGUACUUAGAAAUGAUUGCUGA